AGUUGUCAAAGUUGUCAAAUUUUUGAGUUAUGUUGACCGGGUUUUGAUUUGACGUAAAUUUUUUUGAAUUGUGAAUUUUGUUAUUCCAUUCUGAACUAACUUUUGUCACAAAAAGCUCCAAGAUGCCGAGGGUAAUGAUAAAAGGGGGGGUGUGGAGAAAUACAGAAGAUGAAAUUCUCAAAGCAGCUGUUAUGAAAUAUGGCAAAAACCAGUGGUCACGUAUUGCUUCACUACUACAUCGAAAGUCAGCAAAACAAUGUAAGGCACGUUGGUAUGAAUGGUUGGAUCCAAGUAUCAAAAAGACUGAAUGGUCAAGAGUCGAAGAUGAAAAAUUACUGCACUUAGCAAAAUUGAUGCCAACUCAGUGGAGAACUAUUGCACCAAUUAUUGGAAGAACAGCGGCUCAAUGUCUUGAAAGAUAUGAAUAUCUGCUUGAUCAGGCUCAGCGAAGGGAAGAAGGUGAAUAUGCUAAUGAUGAUCCCAGAAAGCUCAAACCAGGUGAAAUUGAUCCAAAUCCUGAAACAAAACCAGCUAGACCAGAUCCUAAAGAUAUGGACGAAGAUGAGCUGGAAAUGUUGUCUGAAGCACGAGCUAGGUUAGCCAACACUCAAGGAAAGAAAGCCAAAAGGAAAGCAAGAGAGAAGCAACUUGAAGAAGCCAGACGACUGGCAGCCUUGCAAAAAAAGAGGGAACUUAGAGCAGCGGGAAUUGAAGUUUCUUCCAGGCCUAAAAAAAAGAGGGGUAUUGACUACAAUGCAGAAAUUCCCUUUGAAAAACUGCCAGCUAUUGGAUUUUAUGAUACUUCAAAAGAGACGAUCGAUCCAAUCGGUCCAGAUUUCAAUAAAAUGAACGACAAUGAUGAGAAUGACAGAAGAAAGGAUAGGAAUGAGAUGAAACGGAAAAAGGAUAAUAUUCCGAACGAAAUAUUCAAAAAUGAUGCUCCAGCGAAAAAAAGAUCCAAAUUGGUUCUCCCAGAACCCCAAAUUAGUGACAGCGAACUUCAACAAGUUGUAAAAUUAGGAAGAGCCAAUGAAUUGGCUAAAGAAGUAGCUAGUGAGAGCGGUGUCGAAACUACUGACUUGCUGAUGAAUAAUUAUUCAAUGACUCCUACAGCGGCCGCAACCCCCCGAACGCCAAUGUCUCAGAACGAUAGGAUAAUGCAGGAAGCACAAAAUUUGAUGGCUCUUUCUCAUGUAGAUACUCCAUUAAAAGGAGGCUUAAACACUCCACUUCAUGAUACUGACUUCUCAUCGGUGAUGCCACAAAAUCAACAGAUAGCCACGCCAAAUACAGUUUUGUCAACUCCCUUGGCAUCGGUGAGAAGUAACACUAACUCUGAAUUUGCCACUCCACAGAAUAAAAAUGAUCCUUCGUUGGGGACUCCAGUUUUGCGAGACAGGUUAAACCUGAAUGCCAACACUUUAGGAACUCCCAUAAACAACUUUUUGGGAGCUAAGGAACAGUUGAGAGCGAGUCUAAGUGGCUUACCCCAGCCUAAAAACGAUUAUGAAAUAGUGGUUCCGGAACUCGAAGAAUCAAAUCAGAGUGAAGAACAAACGGUCAGUACAGUUGAGGAUCAAGCGGAUGUGGACGAAAAGCUCCAGGCGGAGUUGCGAGCCAAAGCAGAGAAAGAGCUGAAGAUGAGAUCGCAGGUGAUUCAAAGGAAUCUGCCUCGACCUUUCGAUGUGAAUUUGUCUGUGUUGAGACCGCCACAGGAAAUGUACGGUUUAACGGAAAUGCAGAAGGCGGAGGAACUCAUAAAAGUGGAAAUGGCCACCAUGAUGAUAUACGACAAUUUGCAUAACCCGCAAAUGGUACAGGGCAAAAAAAAAACGCCUACCAAUGAACAACUUGCUUUUCUAGAUCAACACCCUUAUGAAAAAAUCAAGGAAGAUGAUUUAGAAGUGGCCAGGAAGAUGAUAAAGGAUGAGAUGGAUAUUGUGAAGAAAGGAAUGAAUCAUGGAGAUUUGUCUUUAGAAGCCUAUUCUCAAGUUUGGGAAGAAUGCUUAGGGCAAGUUCUGUUUCUUCCAAAUCAACAGAGAUACACCAGGGCGAAUUUAGCGAGUAAGAAAGAUCGGCUUGAGUCUCUCCAAAAAAGAUUCGAACAAAACAGAAUGCAUAUGGCUAGAGAAGCUAAGAAAGCGGCAAAGCUGGAAAAGAAGAUAAAGAUUUUAACUGCAGGUUAUCAGAAUAAGGCUCAGAAAAUGGUUGGCAAUAUACAAGAAUUGAACGAACAAGCGGAUCAGCUGGAAUUAGAACUCAAUUCUUUGAAAUUACUGGCAGAACAGGAAAAAGUUGCAAUGGCGAAAAGGGUGCAGAGUUUGACAGAAGAUGUUAACAGGCAAGUAGAACGAGAGAAGGCUCUUCAACUUAAGUAUAGCUCACUUCAAGACCAGAUAAGAGAGCUUUACGAGCAAGCACUAGCAAAUAGACAGGUGCCCGAGCAACCACUAGCUAAUAGGCAGGAGCCAGAGCAACCAAUUCAGGAAAAUGUAGGACAGAUUGAGAAUAAUACAGUCACCCCUGAAGUGAUCGAGGAUACAAACUUCGAUAGAAAUGACGAUAAUUGAUGGAAGAAUUGAACUUCACCAGGAUAAUCUUGUUUUGUAGCGUAUUUUGUGAAUAAUAAAAUUUUAUUUCAUU